ACUCCACAUUCUUCACACCUAAGACUUCACACCACCAUCCCUAACCACCAAAACCACCAUGGCGAUGGCUUUCAAGAUGGCGACGACGGGUAUGUGGGUGACGGAUGAGUGCAAGAACUCGUUCAUGGACAUGAAGUGGAAGAAGGUUCACAGGUACAUCGUGUUCAAGAUUGAUGAAGGAUCGAGGUUGGUGACCGUUGAUAAGGUCGGUGGGCCCGGAGAAAGCUACGAUGAUCUGGCUGCUUCUUUGCCGAAAGAUGAUUGCCGAUAUGCCGUGUUCGAUUUUGAUUUUGUCACCGUCGAUAAUUGCCGGAAAAGCAAGAUCUUCUUCAUCGCAUGGUCUCCAACAGCAUCAAGAAUCAGAGCAAAAAUUCUGUAUGCAACCUCAAAAGCUGGGUUGAGGAGAGUGCUGGAUGGCAUUAGCUAUGAAGUUCAGGCAACAGAUCCAACUGAGAUGGGAAUGGAUGUAAUUAAGGACAGAGCCAAAUGAGAUUGAUUUGGUGAUUACCACCAAAUCUUUUUUGGCAUCUCAUUUUAAUUUAAUUACUCCACUUAUAGAGGUGCUUUUGCUGUUGUUGUUGCUGUUGUUCCCACUAUGCUAAUUUCUGGUUCUGAUGUAAGCUAAUCUUCUAAUUUUGCAAUAAUUGUCGUGUCCUGUGUUUGGGCUUUUGAUGUUUCAAACCUAAAUAUUAGAGGUAUGUUACCGAAAAAUUAUGAGAAUAUUAGGUCUUUUUUCAACAAAUGAGA